AUGUCAAGGUUGACGCUGGGCGGGCUUACAACGUUGCUUUCGGGGAUUGGAGCCGGCCCUAUUCCAUCCAUCCCUGGAGAUUAUCCCGUGGCACACCCCCUCAGCCGGCCCAUUGACAUUUACUGUGCCUACCUCGCGGAUAUUCUCGCCCGACUCGCAGGGUGUGAGGCGGCCGUGGCAUACGAGUCGCUGCAGGUUCCUGGCGCCCCAGCGAACGGGGACUUGGUGUUGCCCGUUCCUCGUCUGCGCAUCAAGGGCAAGAAGUCGGCCGAACAGUGCGCCGAGCUUGUGGCUGCGUUUCCCAAGAAUCACCCGCUCUUCCGUGAACCAGGAGCGGUCGGGAUACAUCUCCCGUUUUUCUUUGCUCCCUUGUCUCUGCCACGACUCAUCCUUCCCUAUAUUUUCCAGCGCCAACACUCCUAUGGCAGUGAUCUCGACGCCGGACUACGCGACCAUGCAUUACCAACCCAAGGCCGUAAGAAGGUCGUACUGGAGUUCAGCUCCCCCAACAUCGCCAAAGAAUUCCAUACCGGGCACCUCCGCAGCACCAUCAUCGGGGCCUUCAUUGCCAACCUCUACAAGACCAUGGGCUGGGACGUGGUCAAGCAUGGCCCUAAAGGCCUUGGUGUAGCUGUGGUCCGCGGCCGUACUGGUACUACAACCUACCUCCUCCGCGAUUUUGCUGCCAUUCUCGAGCGUGAUGAAAAGUAUGCCUUCGAUAAGAUGAUCUACGUCGUCUCGACCGAACAAGACCUCUACUUCCGUCGCGUUUUCCGAACCCUCGAGCUGAUGGGCCGCUCCGACCUCGCUGUGCGACUUCAACAUGUAAAUUUCGGCAAGGUGCUAGGCAUGUACUCGCGCCUGGGGAAUGUGCAGCUACUGAGCGACAUCUUGGACCAGUCGCGUGAGGCGAUGCACGGGGUUAUGCGCCAGAACGAGGUCAAGUGUUCCCAAGUGGAAGACUCGGAUGCUGUGGCAGAGAAGUGCCCGGAUGUGACAGCCAUGACACUCAAGACUCUGGAGCCGUCCACUAUCCUAACGUACUUGUGCCGGUUGACGCACCAGCUUUCGUCGUGUUAUGAUGUGCUGCAGGUCGUAGGUACCGAGGGUGGCAGAGCCGUGGUUCUUGCGAGGGCGGCGCUGGAUGAGGGGGCGAGGCUGGUGCUGGAGACUGGGAUGCGGUUGUUGGGGUUGAGUCCUGUUGAGAGUCUGCCCGGUAAUACACAAGGCUCGAAAAGCAUACCAACCUUCCUGAACAACUGGGACCCAGGCUUCGACGUCUCACAGGCAGUGACGCCGGCCGAGAUCACGAGGGCGAUAGGAGGAGCGAGCCCCUGGAAGGCGCCAGGGGAGGACCUGCUCCCGAUAGGCCUUCUGAAGGCGUGCGGAGCACCGCUAGCUGAAGUGCUGGCCGUUCUGGCGACAAGGUGCCUGGAGCUAGGAUGGUUCCCCAACCGUUUUAAGAGGGCGAAGACUGUAGUACUGCCGAAACCAGGAAAGGCUCCGCCGGUGUAUCAAACCCCGGGGGGAUACACGCCCAUUGCUCUGCUACCAACCCUGGGGAAAGUAAUAGAGUCGGUGGUCGCCACGAAGGUCACCCUAGCGGCAGAGGCCAACGGCCUGCUCCCAGACGAACAAAUGGGAAACAGGGCACACCGCUCCACGGAGCUAGCUGUCCGGCUAGUGGUAGCCCAGGUCCAGGAGGCGUGGAGACAGAAGGGUGCGGCGUCUCUAUUGCAACUGGACAUUUCAGGAGCCUUUGACACGGUCAACCAUACCCGACUGCUAGCAACUCUGCGGGAAAUGGGCUACCCGAGGUGGCUGGUCCUCUAG